UCAUCAGAAUUGUUAAGGUGUCGCCUUCAAAUUAUUCAGAAAUUCAAUUCGAAUUUUUUCCCAAGCUGUAUAAAAAUUAAAGCAAAAUUCUUUUGAACUAAAAUGUCUAAGAACUCGCCACUGGAUCAAUCCGAUGUACGUUUGACUGUGCUGCAUGCUAUGUCGGAAUUGGUGAAUACUGGUCUAAUGCAGAUUAUCAAGACCAUUAGAGAGGGUGUUGAACAGAAGGAAAGCGGCGGAGAGGACCCCGAAUCGGAAAGCGAUGAUUCCGAUUUACCAUCUCCCGUAACAUGCAGAAAAUUAUACUGAAAAUUAUUUUAUUUUGUUCAAAAUAA